UAAGAAUGAUCAUAGAAGAAGAAAUCAGCAACUUCAUCAUGGUAUGGAGUGUAGCAAUAACAUUAUUUUGCUAUAGCUACAUAAUAGGGAAGUUUAUUCCAAAAGGUAUACUAAGAUUUAUGGCCAUUUUUCCAUCCAUACUCAUCCUCCUCCUUCUCCCUCUUAGGCUCACCACUGUCUAUCUUAUAGGCCCUUCUUCACUCCUCCUUUCUUGGCUUUCAACCUUCAAACUCCUCCUUUUUGCCUUCUCCUCCAAAGGUCCCCUCUCAUCCAACCCUCCUCUCUCUUUCCCUCACUUUCUCCUAAUUGCUUCAUUUCCCAUCAAAUUCCAAGACAAAGUGGAAUCAAAUCAUAAUCAAAUCAAAGUUACAUCUCUAAAUUGGUCUAAUAAGUUAUUAGUUAUUUUCAUUCUUUGUUCUUUUUUUAUUCAUCUAUAUGAUGAUGAUAAGAAACAAAAUUUUCAUCCAAUAAUUUUGAUGACCUUAUACACUCUCCAAAUGUACACCGGAUUAGAGAUCUUUCUUGCAUCGAUCACCGUAAUCAUUGGCAAACUUUUUAAAGUAGAGUUGGAGCAACCUUUCAACAAACCGCAUCUAAGCACAUCGGUGCAAGACUUUUGGGGAAGAAGGUGGAACAUUAUGGUCACACGUAUCCUGCACCCUACGGUAUACAAACCAAUGGUGAAAGCUUGUAGCCAUGUAGUAGGUAGAAAAUGGGCGCCACUCCCGGCUGUGAUAGUGACUUUUGCAGUGUCGGCUUUAAUGCACGAGUUAAUAUUUUAUUACUUAAAACAUGAGAAAGGUGCUUGGGAGGGUUGGGAACCAUGUUGGGAUUCAAUGUGUUUUUUCCUUAUCCAUGGAGUUUGUUUGGCUCUCCAGAUUGCACACAAAAAAGUAUUUGAACCGAAACACGAGUUAUUGCCUAGGGUUAUGUCUUGUAUCCUAACAAUGACUUUUGUUGUGUCUACUGGCAUUUGCCUCUUUGUUCCAGCUCUUGUUCGGUCUAGCGUGUUUGUCAAGGCAAGAACAGAGUCUACUGCCUUUGUUCACUUUGUAAAGAAUGUCUAUGUUCAACAUACAUGUCCACUCUCUACAUAAAGGCUAAUACUCCUUUGAUCAAAGAGGGAUGGAGAGAAAAUGAAUGGUAGGAUCCAAAUCUCCGAACGGUCAAAUUCGAUAACUCAAAAGGUCCAAAGGCUGAAUGCAAAGAUGCAUAAAGUUUUUUUCUUAAUUUUCAUUUAUAAAGUUUAGACGAGUUGAGUCUCAUACUUCCAUAGUGGUCAAAAUAUAUCUUAAAAUUCUGGUGGGAUCUGAGUGAAUUCUUACCAUCUGAAUCAAACUAUAUAUAGUUGAUUU